CUCGUCCGCGCGCGCCGAGAUCCCGCCCAGUGGGGCGCGUCGCCGUCGUCACGGCUUUGGCUUGAAAUGCCCCCACGCCGGCGAGGAGAAGAAGCAGGCAGCCCGCAGUUCCGCUGGCAGAGGUAGAGCGCCGGGGCUGCAUGCGCCGGGCCGGCCAGGAGGGGGAGGAAGAGGAGGAGGAGGAAGGAGAGGAGGAGGAGGAAGAAGAAGAAGGAAGGCAGGGGACAGGGCCGAUCGCACCCUCUCUCGCCACCCACACACCCACCCAUCCACCUGGGAACGAGCUCCACUCCCGCGCGCCAUGGGCCGGCCGGCUCUGACCCGGCUGCUGCUCUUCCAGCUGCUCCUGCUCAAGCUCCACAUCGCUAAAGGCUCGGCCAAGGAGUGCGAGGACGACCAGUUCCAGUGCCGGAACGAGCGGUGCAUCCCUUCCAUUUGGAAAUGCGACGAGGAUGACGACUGUACGGAUAACAGCGACGAAACCGAUUGCCCCAAGAAGACCUGUGCAGAAACUGAUUUUACCUGCAACAACGGCCAUUGCAUUCCAUCAAGGUGGAAGUGUGACGGAGAAGAUGAAUGCCCAGAUGGGUCUGAUGAAUCUGAAGCAACAUGCACCAAACAAGUAUGCCUAGCUGAAAAAAUCAGCUGUGGAGAUUCCAGCAACAAAUGUAUUCCUUCUUCAUGGAGAUGCGAUGGAGAAAAGGACUGUGAAAGUGGAGUUGACGAGGCUGGCUGUACUAAUAUCUGUUCGGCCAGCGAGUUCCAAUGCAGCAACAAGACCUGUAUAGCCACAAUCUUUGUGUGUGACGGUGAUGAUGACUGUGGUGAUGGAAGUGAUGAGAGAAAAUGCCCUCCCCUCACAUGCAACCCCAACGAGUUUCAGUGCAACAACAGCCAGUGCAUCCCACAGAUCUGGGUCUGUGACAACCACCCUGAUUGUGAAGACCAGUCGGAUGAGCUCAUGGAAAAGUGCGGCCAUAAAACCAAGCCACCAGUUACGAGCACUUGUGCAGCUCAUGAGUUCCAGUGUGGCAAUGGUGAAUGCAUCCAUCUGAACUGGAAGUGCGAUGGAGAUGAGGACUGCAAGGACAAGUCAGAUGAGCAGGAUUGCCCCCUGGUGACCUGCAGCCCCGAUGAAUUCCAGUGUGGCGAUGGGACUUGUAUCCAUGGAGCCAAACAAUGCAACAAAGUCCAUGACUGUCCAGACAACAGUGAUGAAGCUGGCUGUGUUAAUGAAGCGGCGUGCGAGAGUCCCAACAAGUUUCAGUGUAAGAGUGGAGAGUGCAUAGAGGAAGUCAAGGUGUGCGAUUCACACAGGGACUGCAGGGACUGGUCUGAUGAACCUCUAAAAGCAUGUGGGGUGAACGAAUGUGCUCUCAAUAAUGGUGGUUGCUCCCACACAUGCAGAGAUUUGAAGAUUGGCUACACAUGUGAAUGUCCUCAAGGAUACAAGCUUCUGGACAAGAAAACGUGUGGAGACAUAGAUGAAUGCGAAAAUACGGAUGCUUGCAGUCAGAUCUGCAUUAACUACAAGGGGGAUUAUAAAUGUGAAUGCUAUGAGGGUUACGAGAUGGAUACCCUGUCCAAAAACUGCAAAGCUGUAGGAAAGAGCCCGUAUCUGAUUUUCACAAACCGUCAUGAAGUGCGCAAGAUUGACUUGGUGAAAAGGGACUACUCCCGCAUCAUCCCCAUGCUGAAGAACGUGGUUGCUUUGGAUGUGGAGGUGGCAACAAACAGAAUCUAUUGGUGUGAUUUGUUCUACAGGAAGAUAUACAGUGCCUACAUAGAUAAAGCCAGCAACACAGCAGACCAGAUGGUUCUAGUUGACAGUGAGUUAAACUCUCCUGAAGGCUUGGCGAUGGAUUGGGUCCACAAGAACAUCUACUGGACAGAUUCAGGAAACAAGACCAUUUCUGUUGCCACUACUGAUGGGAGUAAGAGAAGGACACUGUUCAGUACUAAUUUAAGUGAGCCCCGAGCAAUUGCUGUGGAUCCAACACGGGGGUUUAUGUAUUGGUCUGACUGGGGAGACAUUGCAAAAAUUGAAAAAGCUGGCUUGAACGGUGUAGAUCGGCAAGUGCUUGUGACAGACAACAUUGAAUGGCCCAAUGGCAUCACAUUAGAUUUGCUGAAUCAGCGUCUCUACUGGGUGGAUUCCAAACUGCACUUACUUUCGAGUGUAGAUUUCAAUGGCAACAACAGGAAAGUUCUCAUAUCUUCUGUGGAUGACCUUAGCCACCCAUUUGGAAUAGCAGUGUUUGAGGACAGGGUGUUCUGGACUGACUUAGAAAAUGAGGCCAUCUUCAGUGCCAAUAGGCUGAAUGGUCUGGAUAUCUCCAUUUUAGCUGAGAACCUCAAUAAUCCCCAUGAUAUUGUAGUCUUUCAUGAGUUGAAGCAACCUAAAGCUCCAAAUGCUUGUGAUCCGAGCUCCCAACUAAAUGGAGGCUGUGAAUAUCUUUGUCUUCCUGCGCCCCAGAUUUCUCCACAUUCCCCAAAGUAUACAUGUGUUUGUCCUGACAAUAUGUGGUUGGGCCCUGAUAUGAAAAAGUGCUAUCAAGACCUUCCACCUACCUCAACUCAUGUGCCUGUUACUACUACAACUUAUUUGCCCAAUUUUACUGAUAUUAGUACUGCUCUUAUAAUGACAACAACCACAACCACCACCACCAUUGUUACAACCAAUAGCACCAGCAACAUUAGUACAGAAGGCCAAGAAACCACAACACAAUUUGUCCUUGGCACUACAAGCCUCCGUUCAGAAACAACAACAACCACAACAGCAGAAUCCAAAAUAACGACAACUGGAAACAGCAAUCUCUCCCAGCAUUAUGUUAAUGAUGGACAAGGUUUUGGAUCAACUGUGAUGGCAGCCAUCAUUGGGAUUGUUGUUCCUGUUGUGGUAAUUGGUCUGUUAUGUAUGGGAGGGUACUUCAUCUGGAGAAACUGGAAACGGAAAAACACAAAAAGCAUGAACUUUGAUAACCCUGUAUAUAGGAAGACUACAGAAGAGGAAGAUGAAGAUGAAAUUCAUAUUGGGAGAACGACACAGAUUGGGCAUGUGUACCCAGCACGUGUCGCAUUAAGUCUAGAAGAUGAUGGGUUGCCCUGAGAAGACAGCACUUCCUCUAUCCCUACAGCCAGUGGACUGAUAGAUAUGCACUGAACAGAUCUGCUGUGGAUCAUGGAAUCCACCUUCUUUUAUCCCUUUCCCUUGCCCUUUUAAUUAUUGUUUAUGUUGCAGAAGGGUAACCACAAAGUUGAAAUGAACUACAAACAUCCAAAGGAUGUGAGAGUUUUGUAUGUAUAAUCUUUUAUACACCUUUUUAACUUCUUGCACUAUCCAUCUAUUAAUAGUGAGGAGCCUGCUCUACUGCUCAGCUACUAACUCGACGUAUACAACCAGCCAGACCCACGGGUCAGUAGCUUACAGGUCAUUUUUGAAAACUAUAUUUAUAGAAGUUUUGUAAAUAUAUCAAACAUACUUUGUGGCUGUCCAGCAACAUGAAAAAAGAGAUCUAUACAAGCCGUUUAGGAUAUUUAUUAACAAACUCUGGAUAUAAGAUUUAUUCUGUAAAUAUACCUAGAGCAUAAGAGUAUUUAUUUUUUGUAUGUUUGGCUCGCUGUGCAUAGAUUUUCUGUCUAUGCCUAUCAAAGCUAGAUAGGUAUAUAGACAUCUCCAUAUAUAAAUAAAUCUCUAUAUAAAAUAUAAAUAUAUAUAUAUAUAUACAAUAAAUGAAUAUAUUUUAGAAAGACUAACCCAGCAGUAUGGGAAGUAGAGUAAAAAAAAUUCUUAUGGGAGGUUUUGUGGAAAUUUUACUUUGACAUUUGAAACUACUGAGUAAGAAAUGCAGCUGUUAGAAUAGAAUAGUUGAUCACUGUCAAAAGAACAAAGUAGUCAUAUGAUGAACAAACCAAAUUUUGUCCAAGCUUGUAUGCAGUUCUUAGCAAAUUUACAGUGCGUUCAUCCCAUCAAGCUCAGUGAGAUGUACUUCACAGUAAACAUUUUUUCAGUUGGCUUGUUAGCCUUAUUGGAAUUUUUCACCUUAAAAUAUUCUGGGUCUAGGAGUGUUCCUUUUUGUUCAAAAAAGAAGUGUUUACUAAUAGCAGGUUUUCUCCUAUAAUGAGAAUAACUAAAUACUAUUCUCACAUAAUACUAGGGGUACCACAUAAUCCUAAAUGUGCAUAUUUGGAGUUAAGUCCCUCAGGUUUGGUGGAAAACAUUCUUAAUGUGAAUUGGGUUGUAGAAACAGCAGUUGUGGAAUGCAGGGUAUUGGCAUCAAUAUCCAAACAUAUAUAUAUAAUUCUCUAUCAAUGCAUACAGAAAAUCUCAUUCUCUGUUACUGAAAGACACUGUCCUGCUGAUGUUCAUUGCUGGCUAAAUCAACUACAAUAAUCUGAGAUGGCUUUUGCACUAGUUUAGAGACAAACAACUUUCGGGAACUGGAAAUCCAUCCCAACCCCCUAGAACCUUCAAGAACUCUCCCCCUGCAUUUAUUUGGCCUAAAAAUGACCAAGAGUAGCCCCUGGAGCUUUCAGGGGGUGAUUAGCCAUUUUCGGAGAGUCAUAUGUCUAAUUUAGCCUCAAGGAGGCAAUUUUUAAAGACCUGGUUACAGCCUGAAAAUGGCCUUAAAUGGUCUGUUUUCCACUUAGGAGCUUCUGAAGGUGUGAUGUCAAUCCCUACAAAAUUGGAAGGGCAAUCAGGUUGCAUGUAAUCCAAGGGCUCCAUCUUAUUCCAUCCCACCCCUACGCUAUCUAUUUGCUAUUUAUUGGUUGGUACUAGUGACUUCCCAUCAUUACACAUUAUUACAAUCUUAUGGAUUGGCCUCCUAUGUACUUUCAAUAUAAUGUAUGGAUUUUUGUUGUUUCUAAAAGACAACUGGAGCACCAGCCUGUUCUGUGUAGUGAGUUAAAGCAACCCAUAAUCUUUUCGUGGUACAUGUGCUUUCAGUUAGAUAUUUCCAGUUUGCAGGUCCUACCUUUUUAUUACUUCCUAUUGAUUGCAACUAAAUGACUGUUCCUUGAAUAGCCUCUCUGAAUUACCUCAAGUCAGGUUCUCUUCCAUGGCACAGCUUUAACCAGUCUUCCAAUUUUUAAGAAGUUUGCAUGGUAAAAUAACAUUAUUUCACUAUUACAAUAAUUUAAUCACUAUGAAAACAAAAUUGUUUGGCAAUUCAUUAUUAUUCCCUGGUUAAGAUCUUCAGGAAGCAAUAAAACCAGCAGAACCUCAAACAGAAAACACCAGGGGAGAAUAUUUACCAACCUACGACUGAAUUGACUACAGAUUAUUAAAGAAUAUCAUUAGUAUGCGGGAAGCUCUUUGAUGGGUAAAACAUUACUAUACUAAUGUUGAACUAUAACUAAACAGUGCUAAAGGACCACUAAUCCAGAAAGCAAACGAAGACAUCAAUUUUAUCCUGCCUAUACAGGUUUGGCUUGUAAAUGGCUACAUUGGCCACCGUGUCUCACUCACUUGUUGUUGAUGAUGCUUGUUGUGAUUUGGUUGUAACAGAAACCAGUACAAAGGUAUCUAGAAGGAUUAACACACUUCUGCAACCUAUUUCUUUAACUUCAAGAUGUUAAAACAAAUGAAACUGAAGACUGUUGUACUCAAGACAACACAACUUGUGUCAUUCUGUUUUUAUUUCAUUUUGGCUAGCAUUAUUUGUUCUGACAUUACUUUUAGUAUAUUUCCAUAUACUUCUUCAUGCACCUGCCCUUCUGGUAGAAAGGCACCCUCAAGUCUCUCUCCAUACCAAUAGCUUUCAUAUGAAGAGAGGGGUAACUUUAACACUGCAGCCCUGUGCCUGUUUUACUCAGGAGUAAGUUGUGUAAUGAUUAGUUGGAUUAAAAAUUGCAACCUAAAAUUUAUUUGCGAAGUCUUCAAGAACAAAAACAUUUUUGUUUCUAAAGGACAUAAAAAUUCCAACAAAGAUCAGUGUUAGCUUGUAACAUUUCUUAAAGAAAAAUAUUUUAAAAACGAAAUAGGUUGGCCUGGAGGAUGACAAUAUUUGUACACAUUUCAUUGUGCCUUUUAGCAAGAUACUAAUUUUCUUGUGGAAAGCCACUAAAAUGGAACAUUUACCAGGCAGAAUUAUUGCCAGGAUCCAAGCUAGCAGAUAUGCUCUUUUCAGUAUAAGAAUGCAUAAAAUGUGCUAGUUCAAAUAUAUUCUCAUUUAUAUGUACUUCAGACCCAUUUCUGAAGACUUGUGGAUCCAUUUGUAUGUUGGGGCUAAAUUUCUACAUAACAUGUUGCAGUUAACAUUACUUUUCAGUGAAUAACUCUCAGAAUCUCAUGUCAGUUUGGCCUGGAUGAAGAUUUCUGGGAUGAUAUCUCCUCCAAACUUCAAUAUUACAUCUCCUUAUUCAGUAGUUUUGAGUUGUGUUCUAACAACUCCUUGAGUAUUUUAACAGUUCUUCAAUGAAAAGGUCUGUGAAGAUGAGCCUACCUUCGUUGCUGCCACUCCUUCUCUUCCACAAUGGAUGAUUGGGAAAUUGGUGUGUACUCAACAGUGAACUUUUCAGUUGCUGUACGACAGACUAAGAGGGUUCAUAUGGUCUGAACAUGAUCUAAAAUGUAUCCUCAACACACAGGAUUCCUUUGCAGACAAUGACUACAAAAGAUUCCAUAAAGGCAGAAUAUUUUUUUUAAACUAUAUCAUCCAGUGACCUUUACUGCUAAGAAAUCUGAAUCUUUAAGGUCUCAUGACUGCUUUAGUUCACCAGCCUUUGUUUGUUGGGAGGAGGAGCAUUUUUCUUACGACACACAUAAGGGACUACAGGCACAAAAUAGUGUGUCCUGAUACACAGUUUGGAAGGCUCUGGUUUAAGGGAUUAAUGGGUGACAAAUAUUAUUAUGAAAGAGGAGAAUAAGAUUGCUUCUAAACAUAGAACCCCUAAUAUUGAUUAAAAGACACUUUUGCAGCCAUCCAUCUUAUUUUCCUUAACAGAUUCUUUUCUGGUAAGGAAAAUUUAAGGAAGAAGUAGCAGCAAAAUAUGGGAAGCCAAACAAUUGAAGGAAGGUGUGAUCUGAGUCCACUAUACAAUCCCAUUAAUGAGGCAGAAUAACUGUAUAAUAAAAAAUUCAUUUGGAAAUACCCUACAUGACUUUGCAGUCAGAGACUUGCAUCUAUAAAGCAGCCAUUGCAGUUCAAGAUUUGCCACCUCAAGCAAUUGUUUCACACAUCAAGCUGCAGACUUCAAGUACUGUACCUACAUGAGCAGUGAACCAAAUACUUGAACAUAAUUACUUUUUUGUAGCAACAUCCAUUCCUGAAACUUCAAAAGAAGUGCUUGAAAGUCAGAUUGUCCCCAGCCUGAGCUGGUCUUCCAUGAUUUCAAGAACUGCUUUUGCCAUACAUUACACCUUGCACCUUUGUAUCUCCCUUUUUCAUUGUAAUUUUCAUGUUUUAAAAGCAGUUUAUUAAACAACUGUUGAAAGGCAACAGCACCUACAUCUUACAAUUCUGGAUUCCUUGUUGCCCAUGUAACAAUCAAUUCUAAGACUCCUUUUUACAGUCGAGCAGCAGGUUCUCGUUCAUUAAUGUGAAAAACUUCCAGUUGGCUCUCUGAAGUGUCUCCACUGAAAAUAUGGUUUGCUGUGGAAGCUGUGUUCAUGAUGAUGAAUCUGUAACAUUCAUUCAUUCACUUGGAUAAAUCAUCCCUUGAUGACAAAUGACCAAUAAACCCAUAUUUUCGGACUAGUCCCACA